GAAACAAACAACUUAAAAAAUUAAAUUGCGAAGAACAAAAAAUGUCCCGCAGCGCGAAUUCACCAGACGAGCUGGUGAAGCAGGUAGUGGAAAUCACGGCGUGCAAUGCGGAUGAAGCCAAACACUAUUUGGGAGCCUGUGAAAACGAUGUGGCUGCUGCGGUGGCCCUGUUCUUCGAGCAGGGUGCAGCCUCAACAUCAUCGACGAGCGCGGGUCCUUCAUUGCCGGUGCUGGACGAUGAGGACGAGGUUCGUGCUCCCAUAGCUCCAAUUAGGGAACAGCUAAUACUGCCAGAAGAUGACAACUUCUUUGCGUCCGGUGGGAGCAGCAGCAACCGGCUGUCGCGCGUCACACAGCGACAGAAGGUCUGUCCUCUCCGCGACUUUGCCCGAGAGGCAGCUCUGAUGGAGGAGCAACUGCAGGCCACGGGUGCCUACUCGGACCCUGGCGCCCAUCGAAGGCGUCGUGAACGCUCCGCCCAAAUGGUUGUCGCCGGUCAGGCCAUCGCGCUAAAUUCACGCGUCGGUGCGGCCACAGCCACCGCCACAUCCCGCCUUGGUGAUCUAUUCCGCCCCCCCACAGACAUACUCUAUUCUGGAACUUUGACGGCGGCCCGGGAGUUCGCCACCAAGAGACAACGAUGGCUGCUGGUUAACGUACAAGGCGACAAUUUUCAGUCGCAGACCAUGAACCGCGAUGUCUGGUCAAACAAAGAUCUAAAGAAGUUGGUUAGGCGUCAAUUUACGUUCUGGCAGGUGGACAACGACACCUCCGAGGGACGCCGCUUUGUGGCCUUUUAUCACUGCGCGAAGCUACCGUAUCUUUGCAUAAUUGAUCCCCGCACCGGCGAGGAGGUUUGGCGAAGCCCGGAACCCACUCAGGAAAAUGUUUUGCCAGAUUUGAGGCAAUUUCUGCGAGAGCACCGUGACUUUACUCACGAAGAUGCUCCUAGCACUUCUAAACGAGCCGCCAAGCACCUCGAAGACGAUGAGAUCGAGGACGUGGACGUGGAUGCCGAGGCCUCGUGCUCGUCGGCCAGUUCCCGCGGAACGCCAAAGAAGCGAGCCAAGCUGCUGGAGCUCACCGAGGAAGAGCAGCUCGAGCUAGCCAUCAAGAAUUCGAUGAAUGAAAAUGGAGACGCCAUCAAGGUAGAUGGUCAGGCGAGCGAUGCGGAGAGCCUUGAGGAAUUCGACGAUGACGAGCUUAAAGUGACUGCAGUUGCAGCUGCUGCCACCGCCACCGCGACCGCCACCUCCUACGAAACUGAGCUGGGCAAAGCCAAUGACGAGGUGACCACAUUAAAGCUGCGUCUGCUGAAUGCCUUGGGCGCCGAUGAAGUCGUCCAGCUACGCUGGCCCUCGGACACCAAGCUGCAGACCCUGCGUCUGUACAUUCGCCAAACGCACAAGCACAUCCCUCAAGAGGGCUACAAGCUCAUCUGCGCCUUUCCGCGCAAGUCGCUCGAGGCCGAACACAACCACAGCUCGCUGAAGGAGCUCGGACUGCAUCCCUCUGCUAAUGUGCAUCUCACUCUAGACGACUAAGCUGGUGGCACACACUUGGUCUAGGUCUGUCCAAAUUAAACAGCGCAACGCAUUCUUCAUAUAAUUAUUUACAAUUUGGUCUCGCCCCGUACCCUCCUAUCCCAAAGCUCCACACGAACUAAAAUGCUGUAUUAAGUUUAAGGAAACAAUACAUUGAAUAAAAUCUACUAGGAAAGCUA